UGACUCUGCUGUCGUUGAUUAAAUCUUGAGUUAAUGAAAUGAGAGAAUAAGCUUGUUGAUGUUGCAAAUUAUUUCGCGUCAUGUUUGCUACUGAAAAAAACAUCCAAUAAGUGAAUUAAAUAAUAUUUUAUUAUUAUAUUAUUUAAUCGUCAGCUACCUAAACAAAAACUAUAUUUGUUUCUAUUAGUUUUUUUAAUUUAAUAAUAUUUUAAAAUUAAUUAUAAAAAGUUUAAAGUUUUGUUGUGAUGAUGAUGAUGAACUAUUGCUACUACUAAUUCAAAAAUAAUAAUAAUUAUUAUUUUAUUAUUUUUUAAUUUUAUUAAUAAUAACGUUUAUUCUUUUGUUUUUGUCUUGUCUUGUGAAAUCCAAAUCAGGAGGAAAUGGACGGCAUUGAAUUGGAUGUAGGGAUUUCCUCAGAGAGGCAAUCACAAAACCACAGGAGAACCAAUGGCAUAUCUGAUGAUUUCACCCAGGUCUCGUACAACAUGGAUAAAUCUCACGGCUCAUUGAUGGAGGCCCUCGAAGAACUGCCCCCUGGCAUUGGCCAGUAUGAUGAUUUCCACACGAUUGAUUGGUUGAGGGACAUUUCCAGAGAUCGAAUGAGACAUCGACACAUCAUGAAGAGGAGACAGGAGGGCUGCUUUCAGAAGUUGAAGAGUGCUCACGAUGCCUGGUCCGGCUGGGUUUGCGUCCUUCUUGUUGGCUGUGCAGCUGGUGUGUGCGCGGCAGUGGUUGACAUCGGAGCAACGUGGAUGUCGGACUUGAAGGAAGGCGUUUGUUUGGAAGCAUUUUGGCUUAACAGGGAGCAUUGUUGUUGGGCUGCAAAUGAUACUUCAUUCAAUCAGGAGGAAUGCUCUCAGGUUCUUUACUGCAGUUGA